AUGCAAUAUUGCACAUUACUGACAUAUUUGAAUAAUUCUGUCUUUAGACUUUGUCAAAAAUUGCAAACGAUAACUCUUCCUCCUAACCUGAAAGAAAUUGGGAGUGGAAGUUUAGGAUGGUGUGGUUUGAGGUCGAUUACUAUCCCGAAUUCUGUAGUCAAGAUACAUCAUUGGAGUUCACAAGAUGGAGGUGCAUUCACUGGAUCUCUUUAUUCUGUUACAAUUAAUCCUGAAUCUAAUCUAGAAAUAAUUGGAACUGAAUCUUUUGUCAGUUCAAAAAUAAAGUCCAUUUUCAUUCCGAAAAAAGUUACUGAAUUAUAUGGUUCAUGCUUCCACAAUGUUUUUUUAGAUGAAAUAAUAAUAGAUGCUGAAAAUCAAAAAUUUAAAUCAGAUAAAUUAUCAAUUUAUGGGGGAGUGAAUAAUGAUACCUUAGUUUAUGUUUCUUCUAAAUUUACAGGAAAUUAUGUAGUCGAAAAUUUUGUUAGUAAAAUUGGUGCAUCUUGCUUUGCUGAUUGUAAAUUAUCCAGUAUUACUUUUCACGAAAAUGUUUCUUCAAUUGGAGGAUACUGUUUCGCAGACUCAAGUCUUGUUGAAAUUGUUCUUCCUAAAAAAGUUGUUACUGUUGGAAAUUAUGUAUUUCGAGGCUGCCAACAGUUACGAAGUGUUACUUUAUCUAAUGCAACAACAACAAUUUAUUCGGGUGCUUUUUAUAAUUGCAUUUCUCUUACAAGAAUUGUGUUUCCUUCAACACUUGCAUCUAUUGGAGAAUCUGUUUUUUAUGGUUGUAAAAAUCUUGUUAUUGAUUCUAGUCAGAAUUCAAACUUUAAUUAUGACAAUCAAAUGCUUCUAUCAAAUAAAAAAACAACCAUCAUUGAAUUUUUUGGUAAUGAUGUGAACUUAGAAAUAACAGCGCCUCCAGAAACCACAACAAUUGGAGCAAGAACAUUUAUGAAUAAGAAACUUAAAACGAUUAAAUUUCAAGGAAAUUCAUUAAGAUAUAUUGGUGAAUAUUGUUUUUCUCAAUCAACAAUUCAAAGUAUUACUUUUCCUGACAGUUUGAAUAAUUUAGGAAAAGGCUGUUUUGAAAAUUGCUUAUUCUUGACUUCAAUAUCUUUUGCAAACUCUUGUCCGUUAACAGUAAUUUCGGAAAUUUGUUUUAAUGGCUGUAAAAACUUGCAAAUUAUCACCUUAUCUGGAUCAAUAACUACAAUAAAAGCUUACGCUUUUUGUAACUGCUAUAGCAUAAGUGAUAUUGGAAUUAGAGGAACUCAAGUGUCAAAUAUCGAAAUCUUUUGCUUUAUGAAUUCAGGAAUUACAAAAUUCUCUUCUUCAAACAAAAUUACCUUUGGAUAUGGUGCAUUCAGUAAUAGUAAUAUUGCAGAAGUGAAUAUCCUUGCAGAUUCGAUUUCAGAAGAAUGUUUUAAGAACUGCACUAUGUUGACAUCACUAACAUUAAAUGAAGGAAUAACGACAAUUUAUGAAUCUGCUUUCAGAGAUUGUGUUUCAUUAUCAUCAUUUACUAUUCCAGCGAGCAUUAGGCAGAUUCGAUCAUAUGCAUUCAUGGGCUGCACAUCACUGAAAACAGUUACAUUAUCACUGAAUAGUCAAAUAAGCGAAAUAAAUGGCGGAAUUUUUGCAGAUUGUCCUUUAUUGCAGUCCAUCAAGUUGGAUGCUAAUGACAAGCAAUAUAGAUUCGCCAAUGGAGCAUUAACAUAUUACAAUGAGACUAAAAUAAUUACAUUUAUUCCGAGUAGUGACAUUCAAACAUUUGUUGUCCCUGCCGCAAUGGAAAAAAAUAGGUUCAUAUUCUUUCUAUGCAUGUAUCAAUUUAGUCAGAGUUAUAUUUAG